AUGGGGGAGAACAUUUUUUCAGAGCAAGUUAGUGUGACCUGGAUUGCACUGUGUGAAAGGCUGGUGGAUACUUCUGAAAGGAAACUGGAUAAAUACUUGAAUUGGGCAGCUGUGGGGAAGAGCAAGGAUAUCUGGGAUGUGAAAUUCAAGUCAACUGAAGGGCUUCGGGUCCUGGUUGAACUGACAGCAUUUAAUGGAUUAGCUCUGCAGUCUGACGUAAAUGGCUCCAUUAAAUGUGCUCCUCCCAAUGAGCUGAGUUUGUUUCUCUUGGAAUAUCAGUCUAAUGGAUCUUGGGUCUUCAAAUCUUUCAAGUUUGGAACUUAUCUUGGCAAUAAUGUAGAUAAAGUCCACUGCAUGCUGAAGAAUGCAACUAAGUCCCAGCAAUGGAUCCCACAUCUUAGCACCCAUCCCCAAAUUGCACUGUACCACCUCCAAUCCAGGACUUAUGUACAGAUGCACUAUACCCAAGGCCAGGCCUUUGCUGAUGCUCCAGCUCCCUUUUCUGAAGAAUGCAUCUUCUUAUUUCAUUUUGAGAAUGGAAAGUACCAUCUCCAAACAAGUGACUUCCAUUACCUGUCCACUGAAGGUCAACUGCUCAACAAACCCGCAAAGCAGACAGCUUUUGUUCUGCAUCUGAAGGCUGGUUACAUGGUCACCUUGUCUGCUGGAAAGAAAGGGGUCCUGUACCCUCACUCAAGGUCUGGUCUUCUCUCAGUGGGAAUGUUUCCAUCAGACCUGCAAGCUGUAUUCAUCAUCAAGAGACCCAAGCCUUGGAUCACACUGAAGACCAGAUCAAAGAAAUAUGUGACGAUUAAUUAUGGAGUGGAGGUUUAUGCCCGUUUUGAGAAUAUCUCUCAGCUCUCGCUCUUUCAGUUUGAAGCCAGCCUGAAUUUGGACCAUGUUAGAUUAAGAACAGUAAAUGGACAGCUUCUGGUGCAGGUGUGUCACAUGCGGAGACAAGCUGCCAUCUUGGCUAAUGGGAAUGAUGCUGAAGAGGCCACUUACUUCACCCUGAAGUGGACCCAAACGGAAGAGUUCACUCUGAGGCUGAUGAACCGCCCAUUUGUCAUUCUCCGUGGUAAAUGGGGUACAUUGCCACCGACUACCAUGCACCAACUACGGUGCAGCAGAAACAAGUAUGAAAUCAUUCUACUGACACAUUGCAAAGGAGGAUUCUAUCAUUUCCAAGGGACCAAUGGGAAGUUCUGGACUGUGGAGCCAAAUGGCAAUUUUUCAGUCACAGGAGAUGUUCCUCUGGAUUUCUGCAUCGAAAUUCAUGCAGACAACCUUCUGGCAGUCCGAGCUCCGAAUGGUUGCUAUCUGAGCAGUGACCACAAUGGCUUGCUGAGUGCAUCGAACAUGGUUAUCAACAACGAAAAUCUGUGGGAAUUCUAGACCCCAUCUGUACAGAGGUAAGUGUGGUGAUGACCUGAAAAUGGGUGAUGUUGUGGAUAGUGAGGUGGGUUGUUUAUGGCUACAACAGGAUGUAGAUCACUUGGAAAGAUUGGGCAGAGCAUUGGCAUAU